UAACAUAAAAAAUUUUCAAUUUUGAAAAGAAAAGAAGAUCUAAAUCGGCUUAAACAAAACAUGGCAGCCCAGGCAAUGAUUAUUACUCUUCAAUAUGAUAGAGGGUGAGGCUAACACAGGGACCCAAAGUUUACUAAUCUAUUCAUCAAACUGUGCUCUAGAAUUAAAACAAAGGGAGUAUUCCAUUUACUUGACAUUUGAUUAGUGCCGGGUGGUGGUGACUGGCUACUGGUACCUGCAAAUCUCAUAAGAUGCCACACCUGGUAUUCUCUUCAAUCGAGGUGCUACCCUCUUUUUUUGAUCCUUCAUGGAGAUCUAUCGAUACCCAGAAGCCCAUAAUCAAAAAUAUCCUCUCCAUUUACUAGAAAGUAUACUACUUUACCACUCAAAUAUAUCAAGCAUUUUCAUUUAUUUGCUAAAAAGAUCCCACUCUCCUCUCUCUUAACACCUCUUAAGAUAAACAAGCACAGCUUGUCGCUAGUUUGAUGAAGUUACUGUUUUUUAUAAUCAAGAUCUGGGCUUUGUCCACUUGAUUCAUGCAUGUCUAUAUCUGCUGAAAAUUGCUGCAUUGCCACCAUGCUCAAACAAAUUCUAAGCAAAAUCCCAAGGAAGUCCUCAAAGUCUGAUUCAUUCGAUUCCACUGGGAUUGAUUCUGGAAACAAUUCUAACAAUUGGGACAGUGGAGUCUCAUGUACAAACGGAGGACAUUCUUUUUCAAGUCGAUUAAAUGUUGUCAAACGGGUGUCUUCAGCAGUCUUUCCUGCAAGCAUCAUGGCUGGGGUGGAGGCUGUAGAGCCCCACAUAUCCUUCAAAGAGGUUUCAAAUCUACAGAAGCAAAACCUUUUUGUCAGUAAAUUAAACUUUUGCUGCAAAGUUUUUGAUUUCAAUGAUCCAGAUAAAAUUGCAGCUCAGCAAGAUAUUAAACACCAAACACUGAUGGAGCUUGUUGAUUUUGUUUCGUCCGGAUCUGCAAAGUUUAAUGAAGCUGCAAUGGCUGCAUUGUGUAAGAUGUGUGCAAUUAACCUGUUUAGGGUUUUCCCACCGAAGUAUCUUUCCAAUAACACAGGUGGGGAAACAGAUAUUGAAGAACCAAUGUUUGAUCCUUAUUGGUCACAUUUACAAUGUGUGUAUGAUCUACUACUCAGGUUUAUAAGUUCUGUUGAUGCAAAGGCUGCAAAGAAGCAUAUAGAUCAUGCUUUUAUUGUGAGAUUACUUGACCUCUUUGAUUCUGAGGACCCAAGAGAACGAGACUGUUUGAAAACAAUUCUGCAUAGGAUUUAUGGGAAUUUCAUGGUACACCGGCCUUUUAUCCGAAAAGCUGUUAGCAACAUCAUCUAUCAUUUUGUUUUUGAAACUGACCAUCAUAAUGGAAUUGCUGAGCUGUUGGAGAUUUUUGGAAGUGUUAUUAGUGGGUUUGCCUUGCCAUUGAAAGAGGAACACAAGUUGUUUCUAUGGAGAGCUUUGAUUCCUCUACACAAGCCAAAAUCGGUGGGUGUCUAUCAUCAACAAUUGACAUAUUGUGUUGUACAGUUUAUAGAUAAGGAUCCAAAGUUGGCUAGUACUGUGAUUAGGGGUCUACUGAAGUACUGGCCAGUGACAAACAGCCAGAAGGAAUUAAUGUUUAUAAGUGAGAUAGAAGAGAUUUUGGAAAUGACUACCAUGGAAGAGUUUCAGAAGAUCAUGGUCCCACUAUUUCGACGUAUGGGAUGCUGCCUCAAUAGCUCACAUUACCAGGUGGCUGAACGAGCUCACUUACUGUGGAACAAUGAGCGCAUCCUGAAUCUUAUUGUGCAUAACAGGCAGGUGAUUGUGCCUCUUGUCUUCUCAGCUCUCGAGCGGAAUGCUCAGAAUCAUUGGAAUCAAGCAGUUCUCAAUCUAACACAGAACAUUAGGAAGAUGUUCUGUGAGAUGGAUGAAGAGCUAGUGCUUGCCUGCCGAUCUAAGUUGGAAGAGGAAGAUUCAAUGUUAAGCCUGAAAGCUGAGAAACGGAGAUUGACAUGGGAACGCCUUGAAAAUGCUGCUGGUUUCCAAUCUGCAGCGGAUAAUAUCUUGGCUCCAGUAAAACCUGCCACUUGCUCAGUUGCAUGCUAAUAGUGUGAGUGACGCCAUUGGUGAAAGAAAAAAACAAACAAUUUUAGCCACUCUUGUUGCCGUGCUGAAAUCAUUUCUUGAAAUAGGAAGGAGUUUGGGAUGCUAGUAGGGUUUUAAUCUUGUGCUAAGGUGUUGUAUUAUAAGUAGUAAUGCUGCUGCCUUGAAGGUUUGUUUGGCAGAUGGUGGUGUUGGCUGCCGUGUUAGAAGUGCUCCAUAGCUUGCAAUUAUGUGUAUUGACCGUCUCCCAAGGGCUGCUUGCUUUUUUCCCAUAUUUUAUUCUUUUUAAGAUUUGUAAUUUAUCUCCUUGAUCUGAAAAUGGAGAUGUUGUUGGUAUCCUUACUAUGACCUCAGCAAGGAUAUUCUAGCUGUUUGCUUUGUUGCACCUAAUGAAGUGUAUAGCUAAUUCCAUUUC